UCAUCUUAACGUCUCUCCCUGAUUCCCUCAAUCGUAGAAACGAUGCACUGAACCAAAACACUCCCAUAACUUCAGGACACUUCUCUCUCUAUUUAAACAUCUCAUGUCCAUGUGUUCUGUCUUAACCUCUCUGUCUUAUCAUACUACUCAGCCAUGGCUUCUCCUUCUUCUUCUCUUUUAAUCUUAGCCGUCGUUGCUUGCUUCGUCUCGCUAAUGUCACCGGUGAUUUCACAGACUUCUUCUUGCUCCACUCAGAAGCUAAACUCCGCCGCCUCGUUCGACACUUGCCAGGACCUUCCCGUUCUUGGUUCCUACCUCCAUUACACCUACAAUGCCUCAAACUCAUCUCUCUCCGUCGCCUUCGUCGCAACACCGUCUCAACCCAUCGGCGGCUGGGUCUCUUGGGCUAUUAACCCGACGGGGACUAAGAUGCCCGGUUCUCAGGCAUUCGUCGCUUACAGAUCCAGAGCCGGUGCUGCUCCCGUCGUGAAGACGUACAACAUCAGCAGCUACAGCAGUCUCGUUGAAGGCAAACUCGCCUUCGAGUUCUGGAACCUACGCGCCGAGUCUUUGAGCGGCGGCAGGAUCGCUAUUUUCACGACGGUUAAGGUUCCGGCUGGAGCCGAUAGUGUGAAUCAGGUGUGGCAGAUCGGCGGGAAUUAUACCAACGGUCGUCUCGGAGUGCAUCCUUUCGCUCCGGAUAAUUUGAAUUCACACCGUGUCCUGAGUUUUACCGCCGAUGCACCGAGCUCUGCUCCUUCUCCGGACACCGGUAGCGGCUCGACUACGCCAGGGCAAGCGGCGGGAGGUCCAGGGAACGCAGGGUCAUUGACAACAAAAGUAAAUUUUGGGGUUAAUUUGGGAAUUAUUGUUUUGUUGGCUUCUAUCUUAAUUUUCUGAACAUGAUCUCUCUCUGAGUUUCCUUUUUCUUUGGUACGCGCAAUAAUGGAGAUAGCCCCAUACUAUUUUUAGUACUAUAUUAGUCGUAGAGUCAUUUACUUUUUUUCACCUUCCCUCGUUACCUUACCUACAAAUAUUCUUGAGAGUUAUUGGAUUUGUAUGGACCAUGCAAUUACUGUUAUCAUCAUCAUCAUAUCAUCUUAUCUGCUUAAA